AUGUUUGCUUAUUUUGCAGCGGAGUUCAAAUAUGCCGAGAAAGGCGGCCGCGGCCAAGCCAAAAAAGCAACCCACAAAGAAGGCCAAAUCCAGCGUGAAACCCGCGGGGAAACCACGUGCGAAGAUUUCGGCAAACGGCAGUCACCGAUUAAUAUUGAAUGUAAAAAGUUGCUGAUCAGCACGGCGUUAAGACAGAAUGGUGGCUUGAAAGUGAGUGCGCCUGAACGCUCCAAAUUCACGUUGGUAAUCCACGAGGGCGGCUGGAGAGCUGAUUUCUCGGAUUCGCACAAAAUCGAACUAACUGGGCCACAUUUAAAAAACGAAUACGUUCUGGCGCAAUUUCACGCCCAUUGGGCCGGAUCUUCGGAUUGUGGCAGCGAGCAUCUACUCGAUUUGAAGAGUUUUCCGGCUGAGGUCCAUUUCGUCUUCUUUGCCACCAAAUAUGGAGAUUUUGACAAAGCGGCAGAAAAGCCGGAUGGCCUCGCAGUUCUUGGUGUUUUCCUAAAGGAAAUAACCGCUUCUAAAGACCAAAUCUGGCAAGAACUUGGUGAUGCCGUGGCGGCGGCCCUCAAAAACAAAACCCCCAAGGAUUGUGUGCUGAACCUGAGAAAAAUGCUGCCAGAAACAUCGUCAUUUUGUACCUAUCCCGGCUCGCUGACGACGCCGCCCUAUCUGGAGAGCGUCAUCUGGAAUAUAUGCGCUGAUGCUAUGAAUAUUAGCGCCGGCCAGCUGGAGCUGUGGCGAAAGAUCGUGUCGAGGAACCACCGGAAAAUCCAGCUCCACAACGAUCGUACCGUGCGCGCAAGCGCCAAAUUUUCGUGC